AUGAAGGUUGUCCAUGGCAUAAUGUUAGUUGUCCUGCAACUUAUGAGCAUUUUGCUUGUCAAUCGAUGCCAUGCAAAUGAAGCAGAGCCUUGCAGUGAUGCCAAAUGCAAGUUGCCAGACUGCUGGUGCAGCGGUACCGCCAUUCCAGGUGGCCUAGAUGUCAAAGAAGUGCCACAGAUGGUCACUAUUUCAUUUGACGAUUCUGUGAAUGUUGGAAAUUUCAAAUAUUAUCAAUUGUUGUUUAACAAUGGUGCAACGUCUAGGAGAAACCAUAACGGCUGCAACAUCACUGCAACCUUUUUCGUCCGCCAUGAGUACACCAACUACCAGAUGGUUCAACAGUUGCGGCAUUGGCGACACGAAAUUGCGGACCAUACAAUAACCCAUCGAACACCGACAACAUGGUGGAAGAAUGCUUCGUAUGACGAAUGGAGAAAUGAGAUCGCAGGGCAACAAGAAGUGCUACGCAAGUUUGGAAAUAUCGAUGCUGACAGUAUCAAGGGUUUUCGGGCACCGUAUUUGCAAGUUGGAGGCAACAACCAGUUCCGAGCUUUAUACAGCAGUAAAUUUCUAUACGAUUGCUCAAUGCCCACCAUGCAGACAGAAUUUUGGCCAUACACGCUCGACUACAAGACAACACAAGAGUGCACUGUGAAACCAUGUCCAACAGAUUCUUUUCCUGGCUUAUGGGAAAUCCCCAUGACAGACUACACAGAUAAGACUGGAACCAAGUGUGCAAUGGUGGAUGAGUGCACAGUCAAUGAUGACGUCACUGACAUUUACGAUCUUUUGAUGACAAAUUUCUUGAGCCACUACAAAAAGAACAGAUCUCCGUUCCCGAUAUUCAUCCAUGCAUCCUGGCUGAGCAGUCAUUCAUUUACUACAGAAGCCUUGGGAAAAUUUCUCGAUGCAAUCUUGCAAAUGAAAGAUGUCUACAUUGUGACGUUGAGCCAGGUAAUUCAAUGGAUGAAAAACCCCACGCCACUCAGCGAGAUAAACAAAUUUGAACCUUGGCAGUGCAGCACUGCUCCUCCGCCGCCUGCUUGCUCCGUUGCUACAUCAUGUGAGUACACCAUCCCACCGUGGGGGGAGCAUGUAUACCUGAGAUCAUGCGAAUCGCCUUGCCCCAAGAAUUACCCAUGGUACGGCAAUCCAGAUGGGAACUGAGGAUAUCCUGCACCCAAAUUGCUUCCAGAGUCUUAUGAUGCUUAUGAUGAAUCUUGUGCUGUUAUCCAAAAAAUCCUCGACGAUUUCAAUGGCCACAGAUGGCAAGGCAUGAACGCUUAGAAAAUAAAUGACCAACAAGAUUGUGCAAAUCUUUCGAAACUUUGGAGUUUGAAAUCCAGUGUUACUGGCUUAUAUUAAUCCUACGUUCUUUUCUAAUGGGUUUUAAUUGAAUAUCAAAUGUU